GUUCAACCACCGAGCGAGCGGUUCAUCAUUCUUAACUCCACCUACAUCACACUGAACAUGUCAGCAUGGCAAGAUGGCGGCUGUCCGCUGAAGUCCUUUGUCGUCGAAUACCGGCAAUACGGACACGAUGCGUGGAAGACUGUAGCUAACAGUGUCGACCCUUCCCAGGUGAUGUUUCGCAUCCUCGACCUUGAACCCGGCACUCACUACACGCUGCGGGUCACGGCCCACAAUGAGGCUGGCAGCACGACGGCGCAGUACGAUCUCUCCACACUGAUGCACGUCGGCCAGACGGCGGACCCGCGGGCGGUGUUCGGUGAUGGAGACAUUGCCUUCUAUCAGGACAUAGCAACCAUCGUACCGAUCGUCGGCGGAAUCUUGCUCUUCCUCAUCCUCCUCGUCGUUCUGAUUCUCUACAUUCGCAAGAAGAAGAUGAAACAUUACGCAUACACGUAUAAAGAAGACAACAACAUUAAGAAGGACCUGACGGCGGAGACUGCGCUGAUAUGCGACCAAGCGGAUAAGAAGCUGAGAGACUCCACCUGCUCCAUGUCUCCCGAGCACCUGCCCAGCGCGCUGCGGCGGGAGUCGGACACGACGCGUGGAUGGCAGCCGGCCCCCGUGCGAGCUGUCAAUGCUGAUUUGGUGACAGAGACAAGUCCGUAUGCCACGUACACAAUCUGUCCCCCGCCAACAUCGUCAUCCUACGAUCUACUGUGUCACCUGUCACCGUCAGCUGACAAUGCCGGGGAAAACAUCUACCAGAGUGUACAGCCAGUCACAUCGAACAGAAACAACAGACCAACGCCGUUUCCAUUUCCGGUCACAGAUCUUCCUUCUCCCGACACUCCGCAGCCAAGAGGAGGUGAGAUGCCAAUGAAUCCUGUUAGACCUCAAUUCAGAGGAGGUAACGAGAUUAGGGGCAUUCUAGGAGGUGUACAGGUGCUUCCGCACGGUGGCCUUCCUCCAGCCCACCCCAACCUCCCGCUGGGCAGGAAAGUGCUAACGCCAAAGGUGCUGUCGCCUAUAGGCCGAGACUUAAAGCGUCAGAGCGUUGCAUCGAACGCCACCGACGUCUCGUCCAAUCACGACGAGCUCAUACGUGCCUACGAGAACUACAAGCGUCACCCGGCGGCGCCGAUCGAAGAGCGAGAGAUCAGCGGCACGCCGGCGGUCGCCCGCGUUGAGCCGGAACCCGAGAUUCCGGAAGAUUCCGACUCCGGGGAGAACAGUGCCACGGAUCCAGGCAUCCUGAGGUUCACCCAGACGCCACCUACCAUUAACGAGCAGCGAGAGAGCACGUGCAUCAUGCCCGCAUACAGCCAGGAGACUAUCCUGCCGCACAACACCAGCGCUCUGACGAAGCGAGCCAGUGUGUCCAGCGACACGACCACAGACCAGGACGUACAGCCGCCACGCGAGAGACCCAAGCGGCCAAAGCGAACACGCAGUCAGACGUCUGUGCAGCAGAGGCGGUCCAGCCAGAGCGGGAAAUCGCCGAGAAACCCCGGCAGACGACGGACGGGUGGAUCUUCGACGGACGAGGAGGAGACGACACCCAGCCCUCCCGAUGUUCAGCCGGCCUACAUGCGCUCAAGCAGCCAUGCCAGCAGCCACACCUACUCCGACAUAGACUCGCCCGAGAGCCCCGCAGGAGGCAGUCGCAUUGGCAGCACACGUGCGCCAGAUCCGAGAAUUCAACUAAAUGCCUCACCUAGAGAAUCUGUAGAUCUAUUGGAAAGGCCAAACGGAAGGCAGCCGGAGAAUUCUCCAAAAAUCGUGAUAAAGCUUGGAGACGACGAUGAGGAGGAGGACAGAGGUUAUACACACAGAUAUACGAUCGUAUAGCAACCACAAAUCAUUAGCUCUGCUAACACACCCCGCGACCACAGAAUCGCUUGCGAAUAUGAACGAUAGUUCUACUGUUAUUGCGAGGACAAUUCACACGCAUUACUUGUCGAAGUCGCUACUACGUCGCGUUGUACGUUAAGCAGUUCUUACGAACGGUGGCGACACGCCCGCACACGCUAGCCAGUACGCGGAGAGGCCAGAAUUACGUAAGAAGACGUUUGCGUCGUUAAACUAUUCUAGAUCUACUGCUGCGACCAACUGUGUAAUAUCAGUGUGUCUGGUUUAAGUUCCGCUCGGGAGACUAUAUGAUAGUAUGCGACUAUAUAUAUAUAUAUACAUAUAUAAUAUAUAUAUUAUGUGUAUGAAUCACGUGCUAAGUGACUUUAACUACCUGGUACUUUGAGAGUGAUACUGGCUUGCCCAUCUAGUCGUCUGAAUGAGGCCUUGGCCAGGGCCGUCAACCGAAUAAUUGUUUUUUAUAUAUUGUAUGUGCAUAUAUUACAUAAGAAAGCGUUUAACUUAUGAAUAGGGACGAAUACUAUUUAAUAUCGCGUACGUAAUAACCUGAUGCUACUGCUUGUCUGAUCGGCCAGUACUAUAUGUAUCAUUACAUAAUCUCUGUCUAACGUCGCCACGGCAACCAAAGUCGAGUUCGAGGUCAAUCUCCAUGACAUCAGCACUGUGACUAUAGCAUAGAAGCCUGUACGGUCGGCAUGAGGGCGAUGUGCAUGGCAGACGCUUCGAUUGAUUAAUCGCAGCAUGAAGACAAACCUAAUCGAUAAUCAUUCUCUCACUCGAUGGGCCAUUAGUGAUUCUCCCCCACCCUUCCCCACCUAUAGAUCAAUACCUCGUCAAUAUGUAUAGGAAUGGCAGCUGUAGAGUAUAGCCACCAUGUAGGUGCUUUAAACAUUAUUGAUGUUGUGAAACUUUACAUCGCAGCAUGUAUAUAGGUAUAUGCCCGUGUAUUACGUAACUGUACCUAGAUGUACCAAGCGCAGGAGCUGCCGUGUUAUAGAGAGCCUGACUGAGUGGCAGCAAGUUGUCAGCGAUUAUUUUAUCUAAAGUUUUUGAUCGGCAA